GGAUAGUCAAUUACUUGGGCGGAAGCCUGGGGCCGCCUCGUAGUUAUUCUUACUCGGUGACUUGCAGCUUGUGCACAGGCCGAUGACGCAGACGUCUGCUCCUGCAGUACUGACUUUAAUCUACGCUGCGACGGUACAGCUAUUCCGCGUUCCGGGUGACAUAGCGAAGUCUGCAGCCCCGAAGACGCUAAGAACAGAGAUGACCGCCCUAGCACAAGUGCAAUGUAUGCAUGACUCGAUAUGGCCCAUUCAGCGUCGCAACAGCUUAGCCCUGGGAACGAACGAUUUGUUGGCACUCUUGCGGGCGACCAGAACUAGCUUUGUAUCUUGGUCACAUCCUAUGGGAACCUGAAACAGCAAACGGAUAGGCCGCCCACGGAUACGUAAGUGUCGUCGUCGG